CUUAUUUCACUAAAAGUUGUUUAACAGGUAUCUGUUUUCUUUGCAGGAAAUUGCAGAAAUAUUUUUUUCCUAACUCCUAGAAUUUCUUAAAGGCUUAAUUGCAGAAUCAUGAAGUUGGAGACUCCAGAAAGUUUUGAAGAUGUUGCUGUCAAAUUUUCAGGAGAGGAGUGGAAGAUGCUAAGUAAACAGCAAAAGGAGCUACACAUGGAAGUUAUGGAACAGAACUAUGAAAACAUGAUUUCCAUAGGGUACAACAUCCCGGUGGAACAUCUUUCGUUGCUUUUUAAUAAAGAUGAUAAAGUUCCAUCCAACAGCAAUGAAGGAGGAACAAGGGUGCAACAAAGCCAGUUUCCUGACAGCUGUAUCAGCAUCAAAAGGAACAAGCAUUUCCUUGAAAUCCAGAGUCUGCCGAUAUCAUUUGGAAAACACCAGGAUUUUGAAGAUGACAAAGCUCUCCAAGAUACGAUGUCCAUCACAAUGCCAUAUCUGAUGCAGGCUGAAACUGGACACAUUAAAUGUCUGGAAAGUGAUGUUGGGGCUAUGCAGCAAACUGAAUUUGAAAUGCAUCUGGAAACUAAUGCAGAAAAAAACAAGUGCAAAUGGCUUAAUGACAGCAACAUCUCAUUCCUUGGUAGUAGCAGUGUAACUGCUCAUGUAGGUCAUGGUGAGCAAGGACAAAAUAACACACUGACAACACAUAAGCAGAUAUCUAGCAGAGAGAAAUUUUAUGAAUGUACCACUUGUGGCAAGACUUUUACACAUGCAAAAAGAUUAGCAAUACAUGAGAGUAUUCAUACUGGUCAUGAGUCUGUAAUGGGUAAACAGUUAGUCCACCUAGGACAACAGUUGUGCAAAUAUGACACAUGUGACAAGGAUCUUACAGAUAAGCAUGUUGCAGGAAAUAAUAGGAGUGCAAACAUUGGACAGACUUCCUAUAAACGCACCCCAGGAAGUAAGGGUUUUAGACGUAAACGUGCUACAUAUAGACGUCAGAAUAUUUACACUGAGCAGAAACCCUAUAACUGUACCACAUGUGAUAAGAGUUUUAGAUAUAAAAGUACUAUGUUACUUCAUCAGCGUAUCCACAGUGGACAGAGACCCUACAAGUGCACAAUGUGUGAUAAGAGUUUUAUACAGAAGAGUCACUUAGUAACACAUCAGAGUGUCCAUACAGGGCAGAAAACCUAUAAAUGCACCAUGUGUGAUAAGAGUUUUAGACACAAAAGUAGUGUGGUAACACAUCAAAUUAUCCACACUGGGCAAAAGCCAUAUAGAUGUACUACAUGUGACAAGAGUUUUAGGCACAAAUGCAGUAUGGUAAAGCAUCAGAGUAUCCACACUGGGGAGCGACCCUAUAAAUGCACUAUGUGUGAUAAGAGUUUUAGAUGCAAAAUUAAUAUGGUAACACAUCAGUAUAUCCACACUGGGAAAAAUCCAUAUAAAUGCACCAUGUGUGACAAGAGUUUUAGGCUGAAAGGCAGUAUAGUAAGACAUCAGAAUAGUCACCCUGGGCAACAGCCAUAUAAUUGCUCCUUGUGUGAUAAGCGUUUUGCACAAAAGAGUCAGAUUAUAAGACAUCAGUACACCCACAGUGGUCAGAAACCCUAUAAAUGCACCAUGUGUGACAAGAGUUUUAUAUAUGAAAGUGUUAUGAUACGACAUCAGAACAUCCACACAGGACAGAGACCCUUUGAAUGUAUCCAGUGUGAGAAGAGCUUUAGCUACAAAAGCAGUAUGGUGAAACAUCAAAAAAUUCACACUGGGCAUAAACCCUAUAAAUGCUCAAUGUGUGAGAAGAGUUUCAUGGAGAAGAGUCAAAUGGUAUGCCACCAAAGUAUCCACACUGGGGAGAAACCGUAUCAGUGCACCAUGUGCGACAAGAGUUUUAGACAAAAAUAUGAUUUGAUAAAACAUCAGCUUAUUCAUUCUGGGCAAAAACCUUAUAAAUGCACUAUUUGUGACAAAAGUUUUAGACACAAAAACAGUAUGCUAAGACAUCAGAAUAUCCACACCAGGUAGGUGCUUGGAAGUACACUCUUAGCACGCAUUGAAGAUGGAAACAAAACUGAUUUCAUGGGCUUUAAUUAAGCCCUAACUUAAGAAAAGGGCCAUUCUGUCAUAGCUUUUAAAAAACCUUAACAUGGAGAAAUGCAAAGGAAAAAAACCCUAUAAAUGCACAAAAACUGCUAUAUAUGUCAUGGAGAAAAAUAAAAAGAAGAGCUUGGUGCACUUUUCCCCUGAAUAAAAAAAAGUGCCCAACCCUGGCAAAGUCACUCGGGUCAUGGCUGGUAUAAAAAAAUAGUGCAAAGCCCUCUAAGUGCGACAACAAUCUCAUCUAAGAAAUGCCCCUGUGACAACAGAAAAUUAUAGUCCACAAAAUAGUAAAAAAAAAGUUGGUAAGCCAGGCAACAGGUAUGCAAACAGUAAAACAGAUACUUGAGAACAAAAAGCAAAUCAUGCUUUAUUUUUUGCAACAAACCCAACAUUUCCCAAAGUGGUUACAGUGUAAGAAUAAGGGAGAAAAAAAAUUAUUGAAAUAGUCAAACAGUCAUCAAGUUUAGGUCAUUCAUUGAGCAAAUAAAAACAAAACAUUAUGUAGAUAAGAAAAGAUCAACUAAAUUAGAAAAAAGGUGCAAAAAAGGAAGUACAAGACCACAUGUAUUUGCAGCCUUAAAAGAGGAAUGAACUCGAGAGAAGAAGCGAGACCUAAUAUGGUGCAGCUCAUAUGCAGAAAAGCAAUCAGUGUAAACUAGUAAUUGUACAGCAAAGUCAAAAAUAUUCGGAGAUACUUAUAGGUAAAAACAUCCAGACAUGGCAAAUGUUCCAAAAGAGAAAACAGUAGCACAGAAGUCGAAUGUAGUGACAAAUGAGCAGUUUAAUACAGAAAUGGAGGAAAUUGAAAAUGAAGAGAGAGAUCAUUUAGAAAGUGAAAGAUGUGAAUAGGAAUCCAAGAAAUAAAUGCUACUUCAAAGUGGUGGUUUAUUAAAACAGGUACAGUUUGAAGAAGUGAUGGAGGAAGUAAAGCAGUAUAUCAGAAGAGAAAAUCACUUGCUAAUUCUGUUAAAUGUUGAAACUAAUAAAGAUGUUUCUCAAAACAGAAUUUCAGGAAAUUUCAUCACAGAAUCAUUCAAAAAUCAAGAUAUGUCUAUGCAGAGGUAGAAAGAACAGAAAACAAACUGUAUAUGAAACUCAUUACCAUGUAGAAAAUAAUUUAUAGGGAGACCCGCUGGAUUUGAUAGAAAUGGAUACAUAUGACAAUAUAUUUGAAAGAUAUAGGCUACUAAAAAUAAAGACACGGAUUGCUAAAAAAUUAAUAAACCAAAUUAAUACAGUAAUUGGAAAUAUAAAGAAAGAUCCACGUGAUACAACAAUAAUUAACACAAUACAUUACUGUGCAGUAAAACUAAUAACAUAGAAAGUAUUACCAAGAAAGCAUAAAUUAAUAAAGGAAAAUAAAGGAGCAUAUAGAUCACCAACACAGAAACUUUGGUUAGAAACAACAGUAAAACAGUUAAGGAAUGAAAUAACUUUCUCAAAAGAAUAUAGAAAAGGAAGUAGGCUUAAAACAAAGGAGCUAAAACAAAAGCAUAUCAAAACAAAUCAAGGUAUGAGUUAUACCUUUUCUAACAAAUUAGAAAUAUGUACACAGAGUAAAAAACUAAGACUUUAUAUUAAAAUAUAUAAAGAAAUUAUAUAAAACAGUUUAGGGAUGACCCAAAGAAGUUCUAAAGGGAAGUAAGAAAGAAAACAGCUAAGACACCAACAAGAACAGCAGCAAUUAAUAAAUCCUGGAGAAAUAUCUAUAAGGGCCUGGUUAAACGUAAGGAAAUCUGAUUGAAUAACAGAAGUAAAAGAAUAAAUAAGAAAUUCUAAUGUGGCUGAUAAGGAUUGGAAUGAGGCAGGUACUACAGAAAGAGAGAAAGUUAAGAAAGGCUUCCAACUGAGAAAUUACAGGUCCAGAUGCUGUAUCCAUCUUUUGUUUAAGAGUAUGAACAUUUCUGCACCAGGAUUUAGCCUUGAUUAAAAAAUACCUAUAUGUACAGCCUGAAGUUACAUUGCCCUAACUAGUAGUGAGGAAAACCAUUCUCAUACUUAAAACUGAACCUGCAAGCUAUCCUAAGAUCUAUUGACAACAGCCUGUCUCCCAACAAUGUAAAAGCUAGAGACAGGAAUUUAUGCAGAAUAUAAAAAUUCAGUCACGGAUGUAAAACAUUAGGUGAAUAAAAGGAAAGCAUAAAUAACUAAGAAUAAUAUUUUGCUAAGUAAAGCUGUAAUGGAGUCCUGUAAAAAGAAGAGGAAUUUCAGUAUGCUUUGGAUAGAUUACAAAAGAAGUAUUUGAUAGUAUUUUGUCUUCCUGUAUUAUGGAAUGUUCAAAAAUGUACAAGAUCCAUCACACAUUUAUACAUGUUUUUGUAGUUACUAUGAAAUUUGGCAAACCACUUUGUAAAUGAACCAGAAAAAAGGACAAAUUACUAUCUAGGGUGUGAGAAUCCAGCAUGGGAUAUUCAGGUGAUUGUUUAUUACUAUUACUGUUUUGCAUUGCCCUCAAUGCAUUAAGUGGUUUAUUUAACUGCCUAGGUCAUGAAUUCAGUUUGGCCAUAAGAAAAUUAUCCUGUCAAAAGAUAUCCACCUACAUUUUGUGGAUGGUCAAAAAUUAUACAUUUCAUGGGAUAAACACCUGAAAGAAAUGUUAUAAGUUAUUGAAACCUUUUCAGAUGGCAUAAGUGUGUCAUUUUGGUCUCAACAAAUGUUCAAAAGCAACAUUGAAAUGAUGAAAAUGAAAGAACUGACAUGUAAAACUCGAGGAGGAAUAUGAAUUGGAAUGAGGGAGUAUAUAAAUAUCUGUCAAAAGAUGAAGGGGCAGCAAUACAGAAUGAAGAAUUGACAGAACUCAGUAAAGAAUAUUCUAGAAGACAAAUACUGAAAAUUGCUUUAACAUCUAGAAAUAAAGUUCAAGCCAGAAAUUAACUUGCACUUCAUGUUUGAAUUUCAUAGGCACUUUCUAGGCUGUUGAUCUGUGAGGGUGUUAAGAAGCCUAGCCGUACAUUUCAGUGGUAGUUUCUUAGUCCUUAGAGAGAUCAGCUGGCCUCAGAGAUUUGGAUAAGUUUGAUAGGAAAGCAAUAAAAAUGUUUCAUGCUCAUGAAAUGAUAUAUAAAAAGAGUGUUUGCCAAGAUUUUAUAUCACUCAGUUUGAAGGAGGCAUGGGCCUCCAUGAAACUGACCACACGUCUAGGUCAGUGAUUGUGGGAUUGCGUACAUAGUUAUUGGCAUCAUGUGAUCUGUAUUUAGUGUGCAUUUUAAAACAUGAAGAAAGUAGGUCUAAAAUGACAUCUUUUCUUAGGUUAGCAGAAGCCUUUAGGAAAGAAUCAGGCAUGGAAAUGAAACUAGAAGUGGACAAAAACGGGUAGCAAACAAAAGUGCAAAAAAAGGAAAAGAAAGGAUGCAAAUAACAAGAUCAGUAAAACAGAAAAAUUAUGUGGAAAACCUGCAAUUAUAUUAGGAAGUGCAAAGAUCUACUGGAACAACACGUUGACCAAGACUUGAUACGGGUGGCUCAGGUGAGGUGAAUUUAAACAAAAAGAUGAAAGAUUAAUAUUCACAGUUCAAAAUAGCAGACUAUGUGCUCAGUAGUUCACAAAAUCAUAGAAAAGGGAGGAGAUACAGACAAAUAUGUUAUUCAGUACAGAACUAGCAACAGUUACACAUCUUGUUGCAGGCUGUGAUACACUAAUGGCUGAAGGUUUGUAUACUGAAAGAAAUUACAAUGUGACAAAGCUGUUGCACUGGAUACAGUGUAAAUAUUACAAUGAUAAUCUAAAAGCAGCUAAGAGACAUUGGAAACUUAACCACAAAGCAUUAUUGGAAAUGAUGAAGUGGUGAUCAUGUGCGAUCAUCCCAUACCAGUAGCUAAGAAUGUAGCAGUGAGCAAACCAGUUACUGUAGUUCAAGAGAUAAAGACAAAAGCAGUAUUGAUUAUUGAAAUUGUUGCACCCAACAACUAUAAAGUCUUAUGAACUGAAGGACACACAUUUGUAAAAUAUUAGGAUAUGCAAGCAGAAACUAGAGCAAUGUGCAAAACGUGAACAAAAAUAGUUCCAGCUGGAGUAGGUGCAAUUAGACUAUUAAAAAAUAAUUCUCAUACAUAUUUCCAGAUGGAGUUGGAUACAAGUAACCUUUUCUCCCAGCUCCUCUUAUGCAUUUGUUCUGCAUACCUGUCUCAGUUCAGACCCAUAGAAUCAUAUCACAGAUGUGUACCAUCCAUUGCUGAUGCAGCAUCUCCGGAGAUAUAUAUAUAUAUAUAUAUAUAUAUAUAUAUAUAUAUAUAUGGCUGACUCCACUUCAGCGAAACAGCAUUCCACCAAAAGCAUGGACUACUGAACUUCUUUCCCUGGGAAACUCACCACUUGGCCACCAGGGUGAACUUUGCCCUUUUCCCCAGUGUAGGGCAAUCUCAUAGUUGGUAUAUUUAGUUAGUUAGGUGUGGGGGCAACCCCCCCCCAAUUGGGUGGGUUUAAUUUCUUUCUGUUGAGGUUUUUUCCCUGGUGGCCAAGUGGUUUGUUUCCCAGGGAAAAAAGUUCAGUAGGCUGUGCUUUCUGUGGAAUGCUGUUUCACUGAAGUGGAGUCGGCCAACUACAAUUCAAAGAAGUGUAAAUUUGAUGAGUAAAAGUAGACCCAUACACACACGCACGCGCACACUCACACACACACACACACACACACACACACACACACACA